ACGUUUGAGCGCCCCGUUUCUCGUCGUAACAUUCCGGGAAGUGCACCGUUCUUCUCGUUGGGAGUCUCUCUACACCUUGAUGGUGUCCCCUCCCCACCGCCGCGCACAGUUACGUGCAUCUGUCACUGGUCCUACUCGACAGCAAACGGGACCGAGUGGCGUUGCCCGUUGCCCGGCUUUUUAUUUGCGACAUUUUGUUUUUUUUUGUUUUGUUUUGUUUUGUUUUGUUUUGUUUUGUUUUUUUAUUACCGAGCGGGGUUGACCGCCUUGAACAGGGCUCGCAGAGACAGAGGAGGGGAGGGGGGCGGUCUCACGUGACCGGGGAGCUCUAAAUGCUACCAGUUCACAUGACGAGACAUGGCUUAUUCAGUCCCUGUGGCCAUAACCGACAUAUAACCACGUUCACUGGGCGUUUUUUUUGGUUUGUUUUUUUCCCCCCCUCUCCUUAGCAGGCCGUGUUUUAUUGAUGGUAUAUACGACUUUUUUUUUUCAGCAGAGAAACGUGAACAGCAGCGACGCCUCCGUUUUAGCCGUCAAGUCAAGUGCAAUCUGUGCUGCGCCGUAUCGUAGACCCACCUGAGCCUGCAGCGGCGACACAGCGCCUCUCCUCCGGGCUUUUUUUUUUUUCCCCCUCCCCGCUUUACCAUCCUUCCAUAGGGACCAAAAAAAAAAAAAAAAGGCGAAGUCUGCCCCGUCGUGUGGUCUGACCUGAAGGAUGAAACUCGCUCGGGCUUUCGCCGCGCUCGUAAUCGCCUGCCUGGCGGUUUUAGGCUGUAUUCAGGCUGUUACUCUUGAGGUGAAGGAGGGGAACUCCACCUGCAUUAAGGCUGAGCUGUCGGCAUCAUUCUCCAUCACAUACAACACCUCCAGCAGCACAAGAACGGUGCAGGUCCCUCUGCCUGACUCCGCCACAGUCGACUCAGGCAGCAGCUCGUGCGGCACAGACGACAGCUCACCGUGGCUGGUGGCGGCGUUUGGACCCGGCCACGCACUGAGGCUGAGCUUUGCAACCGAUGGAAGUCAGUACAGUGUCGCUACCCUAGCGCUGCAGUACAACCUCAGCGACUCGUCGUACUUCCCUGACGCCAACAGCUCCGAAGUGGUCACUGUGGUGUCGACUUCAGUUGGGAUCUGGGCGACGAUCAACACCACCUACCGCUGUAUGAGCCCCACCACUUUUAGAGUUGACGGAGCAACUGUCACUUUCUCUGCUAUGAGGCUAGAAGCGUACAUGCCCGGAAAUGACCUGAGUCCAACAGAAAGCGUAUGUAUGGCGGAUAAGGCCAGUACUACAGCUCCAACCACCACCGCUGCUACUACUACAACAGCGGCUCCGUCACCAGCCCCUCCAGGAACACCUGAACGGGGAACCUACUCUGUGAACAACGGCAACGGCACGGUUUGUCUCCUGGCCCAGAUGGGACUGCAGUUCAACAUCUCCUAUGUCUCUAAAUCUCAGAACAAGACUGUCCAGGACUUAGUAAACCUGACUCCCAAUCUGACAAGUUCAUCAGGAUCAUGUGAAGCCAGCAGAGCUACCUUGGUUUUGACACAAGAGCAAACUACCACGCUCAGCUUCACCUUCACUCUGAACUCCACGACCAGCAGGUAUCACCUGAGUGGGAUAGCUCUGCUCGCUAAUUGGUCCGAUAUGACUGCUCCCUUCUCAGUCAGUAACAUUGGUCUGGACUACCUGCGGAGUACGCUGGGCCGCUCUUACAUGUGCAACGCAGAGCAAACUUUGGUCGUGGAACCAACCCUCUCUCUCAACACAUUCAGACUGCAGGUCCAGCCCUUUGGAGUCACCACUAACCAGUUUGCUACAGCGGAGGAGUGUCAGAUGGACCAAGACCAGAUGCUCAUCCCCAUCAUUGUCGGAGCAGCUCUCGCCGGCCUGGUGCUGAUCGUGCUCAUUGCGUACCUAAUAGGCAGGAAGAGGAGCCAUGCUGGAUACCAGACCAUCUGAAUGGACCCCCCAUUUAACUUAAACCUGACAGACUGAAUAGUGGAGAGAUGAACCUUAGCGUGUGACUGAGAAAGUGGAAACGAGCAUGAGUGAAUGGAAGCGGCUGUUUCUCUGUGGUGAAUGCAUGUUUUUGCAUAUCCUAUGUGACCUCUGGAUAUUCUAUUUUCCUUUCACUUUCUCUGUGGAAUGAUGAUGAGAAACCAAAUACCUGCUAAACUUAGAUGGUGUGCAUCUGGAUGAAGCUUGAGAGGACUGAGUCACAUAAUCAAGAAUGGAGGCAGUUUGAAUUUGCUUUAGUAGGUUGACCGUCACGCUGUUUGGCUCUAAUGUUGUUUCAUUAUGUUCUAGGCAUUGGUUGAAUUUGCUUGAACUGCUGUUUGUUUGUUGUUAGCUAUGUAAUUAUUUAUAAAGAACCAUUUAAUAUCCCAGUUAAAGGCAGUAAAAGUGGGACAGACAAAAGUUCCAAUGGCUUGUCCUCUGUUGGUCGAAUGUCUGCACAAGUAAAAACAUCCCAGUGACUGUAAGAGAAGGGAAAGCUCUGAAUGUGCGUCUUUUCCAGUCAUAUUCCUCCACAGUGGAGACCGAUAACAGCCUGAACUGCCCCAUCGGUGCACUGAGGCACGGCAAGGUAACAGGUAAUUGUGACUAUAAAAAUGUUGAUUGCUGCUUUGUGUCAACAGUGUGUAGUGGUCCAGCCAUGCACAGAGUGCAACUCUGCAUUACUAAAAUGUAUUUAACUGGACAAGUGAACAGGCACAUGGGUUCAUUUUCUAUUCUUGCUUUUUCCCCACCCUCUCCCAAAACAAAUGUUAAUAUGAAGUGUAGUGAUUUGAUCUUUUAUUUUUAUAGAAAAUGAUGUGAUCUCGUUUUCUAUUAUGCAUCUUACUGAAAGUUAAUAAAAAUCUGAAAAGUUCA